AUUUAUCAAUUUUUUUGACAAGCUGCGAGACGAAUUAUUAUGACGAUACAUUUGUGACGAUUAAAAAAAUUGUGAACGUGUAUGUAUCGAGUGGUUGUGGUUCAGUAAUUUUCAUCAAUUUCACUUCCGGCUUUACAAUGGCACCCCAACCCAGCGAAGUUGACGAGCUGUUCUCAAUUCGAAAUGAUUUCUUCAUUGGAAAUUAUCAGCAGUGUAUCAAUGAAGCAACUAAAUUGCAGCCCUCUAAACCUGAGCUUCAAGUUGAAAGAGAUGUAUUUUUGUAUAGAUCCUACAUAGCUCAAAAGAAGUACAGAAUUGUUUUAGAUGAGAUAAACAACAAUUCUUCUCCAGAACUUCAACCACUUAGGUUGUUAGCAGAAUAUUUUGCUCAACCCAAAUCAAGGUCACCCUGGGAUGAAAAACUUAAAGGAACUGCAAAUGUGAAUCAUACAUCCAUCGUUGUUGCUGCCACAAUAUUUUCCAAUGAAGGUCAAUAUGAAGAAGCUCUUCGACUUCUCAGUCUUGAAGAUAACAUAGAAAAUAUGGCGAUUAAUGUGCAGCUAUACCUGAAGAUGAACAGAGUAGAUGCUGCUCUUAAAGAAUUGAAAUUAAUGCAAGAGAAGGAUGAGGAUGCAACACUUACACAAUUGGCAACAGCAUGGGUCAACAUUGCAAUGGGUGGUGAUAAACUUCAAGAUGCAUACUACAUAUUUCAAGAAAUGAUCGACAAAUACGGUAGCACACCUCUACUUCUUAAUGGACAAGCGGUUAGCUUCAUAGCGCAGGGUAAAUACGAAGAGGCGGAAUCUGCUCUCCAAGAAGCCAUGGAAAAAGAUAGCAAUAACCCUGAUACUCUUAUCAAUAUGGUUGUCCUGUCUGGUCAUCUGGGGAAGCCAGCUGAGGUCUCUAACAGAUAUUUAAGUGAACUUAAAGCAUCCCAUGAAAAUAAUCAGUUUGUCGUAGAUUACAUCGCCAAAGAAAAUGAAUUCAAUAAAUUAUGCGAGCAGUUCAGCUCCAAGGCAGUAUGAAGUGAAAAAGUUUGUGAUCAUUUUUUUACUGAAUGCAUUGUUACUCUGUCCAUUUAUAUUUUAUUCCAUUUUUCUAAGAUUGUUUCCUAUUCUUAUUAAGUUAGUUUAAAUAAAUAUUUCUAAUUUUAA